AAUGAUGAAAAUGGGAACUGUUCUGGUGAAGGUAUUGAGUUUCCAACAACUAACUUGUAUGAACUGGAGAGCAGAGUUUUAACAGAUCACUGGUCCAUACCCUAUAAGCGGGAGGAGUCUCUAGGCAAGUGCCUAAUUGCAUCCACCUACUUAGCAAGACUGGGUCUCUCUGAUUCUGAUGAGAAUUGCAAGAGAUUUAUGGACAGAUGCAUGCCUGAAGCAUUUAAAAAGCUGCUGACAUCCAGUGCAGUUCACAAAUGGGGAACUGAAAUCCAUGAAGGGAUAUACAACAUGCUUAUGCUGCUGGUAGACCUGGUCGCAGAAAGAGUAAAACAAGAUCCUAUUCCUGUGGGCCUGCUUGGUGUACUUACAAUGGCAUUCAACCCCGACAAUGAAUAUCAUUUCAAGAAUCGUAUGAAGGUUUGCCAGAGGAACUGGGCGGAAGUCUUUGGGGAGGGGAACAUGCACGCUGUCUCGCCCAUAUCCACUUUUCAGAAGGAACCUCAUGGGUGGCUGGUGGAUCUGGUAAACAGGUUUGCAGAGUUGGGUGGAUUUUCAGCCAUUCAGUCCAAACUCAACUCAGAAGAUAUUGAACUUGGGGCAAUCUCUGCGUUAGUCCAGCCAUUUGGAGUUUGUGCAGAAUAUCUUAACUCUUCCGUAGUACAGCCUAUGCUGGAUCCAGUCAUUCAUAAAAUGAUUAAAUAUGUACAGAAUGUAGAAGAGAAGGACUUGAAAGACAAGAGACUAGUCAGUAUUCCUGAACUCUUGUCUGGUAUCAAACUGCUGUGUAUGCGCUUCCAACCUGAUUUGGUAACCGCGGUAGAUGACUUGCGGCUGGACAUUCUGUUGCGCAUGUUAAAAUCUCCUCACUUCAGUGCAAAAAUGAAUUCCCUCAAAGAAGUAACAAAAUUAAUAGAAGACAGCACUGUAUCCAAGUCGGUGAAGAAUGCAAUAGAUACAGACCGAUUACUAAAUUGGUUAGUAGAAAAUUCUGUCCUGUCGAUUGCUUUAGAAGGCAAUAUAGACCAAGCGCAAUACUGUGAUCGUAUAAAGGGAAUUAUUGAACUGCUGGGCAGUAAAUUAUCUUUAGAUGAGCUCACUAAAAUUUGGAGAAUUCAGUCGGGACAAUCCUCCACUGUGAUUGAAAACAUACAUACCAUUAUUGCUGCAGCUGCUGUGAAGUUUAGUUCUGAUCAGCUCAAUCAUUUAUUUGUUUUAAUCCAAAAGAGCUGGGAGACAGAGAGUGAUCGAGUGCGACAGAAACUGCUGAGCCUGAUAGGGCGCAUCGGUCGAGAAGCACGGGUGGAGACAACCACUGGAAAGGUUCUGGAGGUGCUUUGGGAACUUGCUCAUCUUCCAACGUUACCGUGUAGUCUUAUUCAGCAGGCCUUGGAGGAACAUCUGACAAUCCUCAGUGAUGCCUAUGCAGUGAAAGAGGCAAUCAAAAGAAGCUACAUCAUCAAAUGCAUAGAGGAUAUUAAGAGGUCGUCCCAGCACAAUAAUCCUCAAUUUGUAUGGGUGGUGCCAGCAUUACGUCAGCUCCAUGAAAUCACACGUUCAUUUAUUAAGCAAACUUACCAAAAACAAGACAAGAGCAUUAUUCAAGAUUUAAAGAAAAACUUUGAAAUCGUGAAAUUGGUGACAGGAAGCUUAAUAUCAUGCCACCGUUUGGCUGCGUCUGUGGCAGGUCCAGGUGGACUUGUUGGAGCGACGUUAGUGGAUGGGCGAUACACUUACCGGGAGUAUUUGGAGGCGCAUCUAAAAUUUUUGGCAUUUUUUCUGCAAGAAGCCACCCUUUAUUUGGGCUGGAAUCGUGCCAGGGAGAUCUGGGAAUGCCUUGUAACUGGCCAAGAUGUUUGUGAGUUAGAUCGAGAGAUGUGCUUUGAGUGGUUUACAAAAGGACAGCAUGAUCUAGAGAGCGAUGUACAGCAACAGCUCUUCAAAGAGAAAAUUCUUAAACUGGAGUCAUAUGAAAUUACUAUGAAUGGUUUUAGUUUAUUUAAGACUUUCUUUGAAAAUGUGAACCUGUGUGACCAUCGACUGAAGAGGCAAGGAACUCAAUUGAGUGUAGAAAAACUGGAAUUAAUAGGAAUGGAUUUCAUUUGGAAGAUUGCAAUGGAGUCACCUGAUGAAGAAAUUGCCAAUGAAGCUAUUCAAUUGAUCAUAAAUUACAGCUAUAUUAAUCUAACUCCUAGACUAAAAAAGGAUUCGGUAUCACUGCACAAGAAAUUCAUUGCUGAUUGCUACACACGAUUAGAGGCAGCCAGCUCUGCACUCGGUGGUCCGACAUUAACACAUGCUGUUACAAGAGCUACAAAAAUGCUUACAGCAACUGCUAUGCCUACAGUAGCAACAUCGGUUCAGUCUCCUUACAGGUCAACUAAACUUGUAAUAAUUGAGAGACUGCUGCUGUUGGCGGAGCGCUAUGUGAUAACCAUAGAGGACCUAUACUCUGUUCCCCGAACUAUUCUACCUCAUGGUGCCUCUUUCCAUGGACAUCUUUUAACACUUAAUGUUACAUACGAGUCUACCAAAGAUACUUUCACCAUAGAGGCUCAUAGCAAUGAAACCGUAGGGAGCGUCAGGUGGAAGAUAGCAAAGAUGUUGAAUUCGCCUGUGGAUAAUAUACAGAUAUUUGCCAAUGACAGCCUGCUAACUGUAAACAAAGAUCAAAAACUACUCCACCAGCUGGGCUUCUCUGAUGAACAAGUCCUUACAGUGAAAACAUCAGGAAGUGGGACUCCAUCAGGGAGCUCUGCAGAUUCCUCAACCAGUUCCAGCAACAGCAGCAGUGUGUUUAGUUCCUCCUAUGCCAUGGAACAGGAGAAAUCCCUCCCUGGAGUAGUCAUGGCUCUCGUGUGCAAUGUGUUUGAUAUGCUUUACCAGCUUGCCAAUCUAGAGGAGCCAAGGAUAACACUGCGAGUGAGGAAGCUUCUGCUCUUGAUUCCCACUGACCCAGCUAUUCAGGAGGCUCUUGAUCAGCUUGAUUCCCUGGGAAGGAAGAAAACGCUGCUAUCGGAAUCAAGUUCUCAGUCUUCAAAAUCACCAUCCUUGUCUUCAAAACACCAACAUCAGCCCAGUGCUAGUUCAAUACUAGAAAGUCUUUUCAGAUCUUUUGCUCCAGGCAUGUCAACCUUCAGAGUGCUCUACAACUUAGAGGUACUGAGCUCCAAGCUGAUGCCAACUGCAGAUGAUGAAAUGGCAAGAAACUGUGCCAAGUCUUUCUGUGAAAACUUCCUCAGAGCAGGAGGUUUGAGUUUGGUGGUGAAUGUCAUGCAGAGAGAUUCCAUCCCCUCAGAAGUAGACUAUGAAACAAGACAGGGAGUUUAUUCCAUCUGCCUGCAACUUGCAAGGUUCUUGCUUGUUGGCCAGACAAUGCCUACCUUACUGGAUGAGGAUUUCAUUAAAGAUGGGGUAGAAGCAUUGUCUUCGCGCCCCUUCCGGAAUGUCAGCCGACAAGCCAGCAGGCAAAUGUCCAUUUGUGGAACACCUGAGAAGUCAUCGUACCGACAGCUCUCUGUGUCUGAUAGAUCCUCCAUUAGGGUAGAAGAAAUCAUACCAGCAGCAAGAGUUGCCAUACAAACUAUGGAGGUGAGUGAUUUCACUUCCACAGUGGCUUGCUUCAUGCGACUCUCUUGGGCUGCUGCUGCAGGACGACUAGACCUUGUGGGAAGUAGUCAGCCAAUAAAAGAGAGCAACACUUUAUUUCCUGCUGGGAUUCGUAACAGACUUAGCAGCUCAGGAAGUAAUUGCAGUUCAGGAAGCGAAGGAGAGCCAACUGCUCUGCACGCUGGUAUCUGUGUGAGGCAGCAGUCUGUAUCCACCAAAGAUGCUCUGAUUGCUGGAGAAGCCUUGUCUCUCUUAGUAACCUGCCUUCAGCUACGCAGUCAACAACUAGGAUCUUUUUACAAUUUGCCUUGUGUUGCUGAUUUCAUCAUUGACAUACUGCUUGGAUCACCAAGUGCUGAGAUUCGUCGUGUUGCCUGUGACCAGUUGUACACCCUUAGUCAAACAGACACGUCAGCUCACCCAGAUGUGCAAAAGCCAAACCAGUUUCUGCUGAGUGUUGUUCUUGGUGCCCAGCUGCCUCUUUGGUCACCAACCAGCAUCAUGAGAGGAAUCAACCAGAGACUUCUGUCCCAAUGUACAGAAUAUUUUGACCUGAGAUGUCAGUUGUUGGAUGACCUCACAUCAUCAGAAAUGGAACAGCUAAAGAUAAGCCCAGCUGCCAUGUUAGAAGAUGAGAUCACCUGGCUAGACAAUUUUGAACCCAACCGCACAGCCGAGUGUGAGACUAGUGAAGCUGAUAAUAUCUUGUUAGCCGGUCACUUGAGGCUUAUCAAGACUCUCCUUUCACUUUGUGGAGCAGAGAAGGAAAUGGUUGGUUCUUCUUUGAUUAAGCCAUUGUUGGAUGAUUUCCUCUUCCGAGCAUCCAGGAUUAUUCUGAAUAGCCAUUCUCCAGCAGGCAGCGCUGCAAUCAGUCAGCAAGACUUUCAUCCAAAGUGCAGCACAGCAGAUAGCCGAUUAGCUGCUUAUGAAGUGUUGGUAAUGCUGGCUGAUAGCUCCCCUUCCAAUCUUCAGCUUAUUACAAAAGAGCUACUUUCCAUGCAUCACCAAUGUGACCCUGCACUUACCAAGGAGUUUGAUUAUCUUCCACCUGUGGAUAGUCGCUCCAUUUCGGGAUUUGUGGGACUGAAGAACGGUGGUGCUACUUGUUACAUGAAUGCUGUCUUCCAGCAGCUGUACAUGCAGCCUGGUCUCCCAGAGGCCUUGCUUUCCAUUGACGAUGAUACAGACAAUCCAGAUGACAAUGUUUUCUAUCAAGUUCAAUCUCUCUUUGGCCAUUUGAUGGAAAGCAAGCUACAGUACUAUGUACCCGAGAACUUUUGGAAGAUUUUCAAGAUGUGGAAUAAGGAACUUUAUGUUAGAGAGCAACAGGAUGCUUAUGAGUUCUUCACCAGUCUUAUAGAUCAAAUGGAUGAGUACCUCAAGAAAAUAGGAAGAGACCAAAUAUUUAAGAAUACUUUUCAAGGAAUCUUCUCUGAUCAGAAGAUCUGCAAGGACUGUCCUCACAGGUAUGAGCGUGAGGAGGCCUUCAUGGCUCUUAACCUGGGUGUGACUUCCUGCCAAAGUCUGGAAAUAUCAUUGGAUCAGUUUGUCAGAGGGGAAGUUCUGGAAGGAAGCAAUGCAUACUACUGCGAAAAGUGCAAAGAAAAGAGAACUACAGUGAAGCGCACAUGCAUCAAGGUCUUACCUAGCCUAUUGGUGAUUCACCUGAUGAGAUUUGGUUUUGACUGGGAGAGUGGACGCUCUAUUAAAUAUGAUGAACAAAUAAGGUUUCCCUGGAUGCUGAACAUGGAACCUUACACCGUGUCAGGGAUGGCUCGCCAGGACUCAUCCUCAGAAGUGGGGGACAACGGUAGAAAUGCAGAUCAAGGAGGCGGAGGCUCCCCAAGGAAGAAAGUUGCCCCUACAGAAAACUAUGAGCUCGUUGGUGUGAUUGUUCACAGUGGCCAGGCACAUGCAGGGCACUACUACUCCUUUAUAAAGGACAGAAGGUAA